AUGACCGAGCUGCGGAGUGAGCGGAAAAAUGGUAAUUGGGAUCGAUUGUUUGGACCGUUUUUCGAAAGUUGGGCUGUUUUCAAGGCUCCCCAGGCGAAGUCCCGACACAUUAUCGCCUACUGGACUCGGGACCAGUUGAAAGCCCUAGGUUUCUACAUGAACUCUGAGCAACGCCGUUUGCCCAGGAUUGUGGCCUGGCAAUAUUUUGUUUCGAUCCAACUGGCAACGGCACUGGCAUCUCUGUUUUAUGGUAUCAGUGAAUCCAUCGGUGAUAUUGUCAAUCUGGGACGAGAUCUGGUCUUUAUAAUAACGAUCAUAUUUAUUUGCUUCAGACUGGUGUUCUUUGCUCAAUAUGCUGGUGAAUUGGAUGUCAUAAUCGAUGCUCUCGAGGAUAUUUAUCAUUGGAGUAUAAAAGGCCCUGCAACAAAGGAAGUGCAAGAAACCAAGCGUUUGCAUUUCCUAUUGUUUAUGGCCUUGAUCAUUACCUGGUUCAGCUUUCUCAUACUUUUUAUGCUGAUAAAAAUAUCCACACCAUUUUGGAUUGAAUCGCAGACAUUACCCUUUCACGUCUCUUGGCCCUUUCAACUUCACGAUCCAUCGAAACAUCCGAUUGCCUAUAUCAUCAUCUUUGUAUCCCAAAGCACCACGAUGUUGUAUUUCCUGAUUUGGCUUGGUGUUGUUGAGAAUAUGGGUGUGUCUUUAUUUUUUGAGCUAACUUCUGCUCUAAGGGUUUUAUGCAUCGAACUAAGAAAUCUUCAGGAACUUUGCCUGGGCGAUGAAGAUAUGCUGUACAGAGAGCUUUGUCGAAUGACCAAGUUCCAUCAGCAAAUCAUACUACUUACAGAUCGCUGCAACCAUAUAUUCAAUGGAGCUUUUAUCAUGCAAAUGUUGAUUAACUUUCUGCUCGUCUCAUUGUCACUGUUCGAAGUGCUGGCAGCCAAGAAGAAUCCCCAAGUCGCAGUCGAGUAUAUGAUUAUUAUGUUAAUGACUCUGGGUCACCUGUCAUUCUGGUCCAAAUUCGGAGAUAUGUUUUCCAAAGAAUCGGAGCAAGUAGCUUUGGCUGUCUACGAAGCGUAUGACCCGAAUGUUGGAUCCAAAUCAAUCCACCGACAGUUUUGUUUCUUCAUUCAAAGGGCUCAAAAGCCAUUAAUCAUGAAGGCAUCUCCAUUUCCACCUUUUAAUUUAGAAAACUAUAUGUUUAUUCUAAAGCAGUGCUAUUCAAUUUUGACCAUAUUAGCAAACACGUUGGAGUAG